AUUAACGUAUGUACACUUGUUAUGUACUUAGAAUGAGAUAGAUAUAUGUAUCUGAAGUUGGAUGAAAGCAAGAAAGAAGAUUUUAGUGCAGUUGGAUGUAGAAGGAUUAAGAAGAUUUCACGUGGAAUAUCACCGUUUCGACAUUGACAUCUUUUUUUCAACAAAAUACAUUGUCGAAGAAUAGGCGAUAAGAUUAUACGUUGUGAGAGGAUAAUAUUAAAGUAGAAGUUUCAGUGACGAGAGUGAAGAUGUCGAUUUUUAACGAAAAUGAUUCCGUACUGUUAGUAGGAGAAGGUAACUUUUCGUUUUCUGUAGCGUUGUUACAACGCAAUUUCAAGAUCGAGCUCGUUGCUACCUGCUAUGAACCUAGCGUGAGUCAAGAAGCUGCGGAAAGAAACGUAGAUUAUCUUCGGAACAAUGGUAUCUGCGUGUUGUUUAAUGUGGAUGCUACAAAAUUGGAGGAAUGUCCCUUAAGAUCGCGUCUGUUCGAUAAGAUUAUUUUUAACUUUCCCCAUGUCGGCGGUAAAAUGAGAAUAGAGAAAAAUAGGGACUUACUGAGAGACUUUUUUGUAUCGUCCGAAAGAAUGAUAAAAGAGAAUGGUCAAGUAUUAGUGACACUAUGCAACGGUCAAGGUGGAACACCUAUGGAUAAGCCCAGGAGACGCUGGGACGAUUCCUGGAAAAUCGUUGAAAUGGCUGCGCAUGGGAAUUUUAUAUUGACGAAAGUAGAAUCUUUCUUGUGGCAAUCUUUUCAAAAUUAUAUCGUAACAGGCUAUCGCAGUUUAGAUAAACAAUUUCACACAGCUGAUUCAUUGACUCAUAUCUUCGGAAAGGGCAAGCCACCCACAAUGCACAAUAUCGCGCCUAAUAAUAAGAUAAACGCAUUUACGUACACUGUAGAUAAUAUUAAAUGGAAGGAUAUAACGAAUAAUAUCCAAGAUAAUUCGGUUUAUGAUAUCAAAUGUGUUUAUCCGUGUAUUUUUACAUUUGAUAUAACUUUGUCUACUGACAGAAACUUUAACACGGCUGAAUUUUAUCAGUCAUUAUAUAAUUAUGCGGGAUCUAUUAUUGAAAACGUAAACUUGAUUGAUUGUUAUUUAUCUCCUGUUACUGAUAAAAUAAAGAGAACAUACAGAAUAGAUUACAAAUCGAAUCAUAUACCGUUAUAUAGAAGGAGAGUUAUUGAAUUACAUCAAAAUAUAAUCGCGACUUUUAUAGAAGAUGAAUUUAAAGUCAUCGUUUCAAGAUAGCCUGGGCAUGGCGCUAUGCAGCUGAUACAAAAUAUUUCAUUAAAAACUUAGACUUAAAAUGAUGCAUCGUCUUUGUCAUUUGGGUGCCAUCGCAUAUGGUAUAAUUCAAAGGCAAAGCUGUGAAAUCAUAUCGAGCAGAAUCAGAUGCAAAAUUUCGAAUGAGAACAUACUUAGAGCGUUGUCUGUCACUGCGAGCGUUUGUGAGAAGAAGCCCACAGUGAAAGCUUUACGUAGCAUGAAACCGAAAUCCACAAAUGACACUUUACAACAAUUUGUCGAUAUAACACAGGUGAGAACAAUCGGUGGAAAUGGUGGCGAUGGACAGAUAUCGUUCUUACGAUUGUGGGUUAAUGAUCGAGCUGGUCCAGACGGUGGUGACGGCGGACAUGGUGGUCAUGUAAUAUUUGAAGCAAGUUCGAACGUGAAGGAUCUUAAGCAUAUAAAUUCUGUGAUUAAAGCUAAGAAUGGAGAAAAAGGUUAUAGCAAAAAUUGUUUCGGUAAAAAUGCAGAACAUAAUGUGGUAAAUGUGCCCAUCGGCACGAUCGUGCGCGAUGUAAGUGGUACGAUAUUAGCCGACUUGGACAAAACUGGAAUGAUGUUUAUUGCCGCGAGAGGUGGUGCCGGCGGACAUGGAAAUGCAUUCUUUACAUCGGACACUCAACAGGCGCCUGAAAUAUGUGAAUAUGGCGCAACUGGGGAAGAUUUGCAGUAUGUGUUGGAAACGAGAAGUAUGGCUCAUAUUGGACUGCUUGGUCUGCCAAAUGCUGGUAAAAGUACACUUUUAAGGGCAAUAUCCAGGGCUAGGCCAAAAGUAGCAGCAUAUCCUUUCACUACUUUAAAACCUCAUAUAGGCAUGAUACAAUACGACGAUUAUGAACAAGUUGCAGUGGCCGAUAUGCCUGGUCUCAUAGAAGAUUCACAUAAAAAUAGAGGACUUGGCAUUACUUUCCUUAAACACGCAGAACGUUGCGCCGCUUUAGUAUUUAUUUUAGAUAUAACGGUAGACGAGCCAUGGAAAGCACUGGAAACUUUAAAAUAUGAAAUUAGUCAAUUUAAUGAAAAAUUGAAUGAAAGGCCUCACAUUAUUGUAGCAAACAAAAUCGAUUUGCCAAAUGCUGAGAUUAAUUUACAAUUACUCAGAGAACAUAUAAAUUUACCAAUAAUUCCUAUCUCUGCCAAGAUAGGAACUAAUAUUUCCACUUUAUUAAAUGAGAUUAGAACAUUGUAUGAUAAUCUUAAAGCUAAUACAUCAGAAGAAAACAGCGAAUUAUUUAUGUAAUACAGCAUUUUUAUAUAAUAAAAACGUUUAUAAAAC